AUAGGUACGGCUAUCGGGGUCUCAUGGGGUCUCAGGCCUGAUACUGACCUUCACGACCCCGAUAGUCUACAGAAAUGCGUUGCUUUUAGCUUGGGAGGAAGUCUGUUACAUAUAUCAUGUAAAGCCAGGCAGCUCGCGACUCUUGGAGGCCGGACAUGGCCACACGUCAUAGCUGCCUCUCGUUAGGGGGCCUUAAUAAAGAAGGAAAAUGUGGCUACGGUUGCAAUAAGCAUACUCUUACUCCUAGCGAAGAAAGCUUGCAAGAAUUCUUGACCAGCGAGGGCUUCGAUAAGUCUCUCGUCUCGGCGAUAGUUCGAGACAAAAUCUUCCCAAACCGUAAUGCAACUGACUAUACUAAGAUUGCUGAGGCGAACGUGGGCGGAAAAAAGCUGCGAGUGCGGGUCAACUGUCAGCAUGCGGUGGCGCAGGCCGCCCAUUUAACCGAAGCGGGAAAGUUUGAGGAAUCGGACAUUUUCUUCGAGCAGUUCACUGAGGACGUCGCCCACGUCCGAUCUCAUGUCACUCGUAGCACUCCAGCCGGCGCCGACCCAUUGGUCAUCGGACAGGCCCUGCUUGGCGCCGCUAGGAAGGCGCUGAGGUCUGUCCUUCAGGCUGUUGACAUCAGCACAUUCCUCUCACUCCGCUUUCGUCACGGUAGCUCAAGGCGCUGGCAGCACGAUGGGGUGGACUCGGGUACAGCUUCUGGCGGCAGGGCCAGCAGCAACACCAGCAGCAGCACCAGCAGCACGGGUUGCCGUGCGUACCACGAGCAGUCUAGGAGCAAUGAGGCGCUUUCUUUAUUAGAGAAGUUCUGGCGUAUUGACGAGCGCAGCGGCCUGUACUCGCCGCAUCAAUUGGCGUUGUGUGUCGCAGUAGAAGCCGCCAUUCCCCCUGACAAGCUACUGGCCACGAUGCAGGAGGCAAGGCAGCUACCAUUCAUGCAGGACAUGAUUAACGAUUCCGGUCGGACAUCAGCGGGGUGGCGAGAGCAUAUCCUCGGAACAUGGUCACCGGACGGCAUGCCAAGCGCGCGGCUUACUGGUGCCGGACUAGACACGUACGCACGCCUGGUGUCCGUGGCUCUGGGGAAGGUAAAGCCCGGCUUUACCGAGCUCCACGUCUUUGAGCCGAGCACUGGACUGCUAUGGACCUAUCCCUCGUUCGUGGGCCCCUUCACAGUCGACCUCCCGCUCUCUUGCGGCGCAAAGCCAGUCCGCCUGCACGUGAACGGUUGUCACAUGCCGGGUUUCCGCAUGGACCUCGCAGUUGACCCAUUACCCCGGUGGCUCGUGACAAGGGACUCCUUGCUGUUGCGGUCCGUAGAAUGGCGGCUAUUGCGCCUCGCCUUGGCCUCCACAGCGGAGCAGGCAUCGAACGCUGUUGAUGUAGUGCUGCGGCCAGCAAGCCUUGCGCCCGGUGCUUCGCCUAACCCACGACCUCGCAACCCUGCCUUUAACGCCAUCGAAAGCACUUCCCUAGGCGGACUCCAGCAGGCCACAGUGGACGCUGGAAGCAUCGAGCUUACGCCACAACAGCAUAAGCGCCGAGCACGGUCCUUACGCGACCAGGACGACAGCGAUUACGAGGACGAAACGGCAGUGACGCCGCCGGAUUCGUCGCCUCCGGUGAAGCAUGCAUCGAAGCGGAGAUGCAACCAGUACGGUGGACCCGCAGCUAGACCACCGCCUGCCCGCAAGCAAGGCGGCAAGGCGGCGAGCCAAAGGAAGGCUGAAGUGGAGCAGUUCAUGCGUAUCACCCCAACACGCCCUCUGGUGCCGCCACCACGGCCUGUAGUGUGCUCGGAUGUCCUGCUUGAGCUUUUCCCGUUCACGGAGGGCCCGGACGGUUGGGAGUACAGGCCUCCUAGGCUUAUGUGCAAAUGCCGAGAAACGUGGAAGCCACGCCAACGGCUCUGCCGCAGCCGCGCCAGCCAGGCCCUGCAGCCACUUCUGUUUGCGCUAACCAAUGACAAUGAAACGCAGUCUAUGACAGGUUCGGAACUAUAGUAAACUAUGGCAGCCGGAACACUUCCGCGCCUUCACGGCCUCUGCAACGCUAGCUCAAGGCUCUUCGACUGGCGGGUCGGCGCCCGCACCGGCGCUCCGCCGGCAUCCCUACGUCGGUUUCCGCAGCUUUCCAGAGCCCGAGGGGCCGCACAGCACGCAGUGUUAGCUCGCAGCGACACUCGCCGCAGGCCCUGCGGGUGCAGGGGGAGGCAGCACGCCCAGCCACUCAGCUCAUUUGGGGAUGAGGCGGCGGCGGGUGCGCCGCCGCUUCGGGAAAGCGACUGCAAUGGUGAGUUCCACCCUCCGGUCGGCAGACCUUAGGGGGCUGCAUGAUGUGUCGUCGCCCUGCCGUCGGGGGAGACGAGGUGCAGGAACCGCGAGGAGGGCCCGCCUGACUGCGCCGCGAGCGUAAAGGGUGUGCAUGCCGCGAGAAGGGCAUUGCACUGUGUCGUGUGAUCUAUGUAUUGGCGUGACCACCUGCCAUGACCUGUGUAUUGCCGUGACCACCCGCCGUGGCCUGUACACUGAUAUGUUCUUUCCUGGAAGCCACCCGACGUGCGGGACCUCCUGCUGGUUACCCCGGGCUGCCGACCGCCUUGGCAGCCAAAGCGGGCUGCGUGCGUCGCGGCUCCCCCCUCUACGCUGCCCCCCCCUAGCGCCCCAUUCUUCCCCUCGCAGGCAAUUCAGAGUAGUGGCUGGGGAGCUCAUCACGCAUUUACGGCCGAGGGGGCCUUCGCGGUUCUGGGCGCUGCUGACGAGCUGGCUAUCAGCGUAUCGACAGCCACAGCGGGAGGUGAGCAUAGAGGCAGGGCUACGGCGUCGGUCGAGGCCAGUUAGUGACGCUAUUGCGUGUUCGUGGACCCACGGCUCAUGGUAAUUAGAGGCCACGUGAGCGUGCACCAGUAGAAUCCGCAUGCAGGAAGCGAUCGAGUCGAACUGGGUUGGGGGGUUGGUCGUGCACCUGCAUGCGGUUGCCUGUCCGGCAUAGUAGGCGGCGGCAUGGCAGGCACACCUGUGGGCGGCCCUGGCAGUGCACUGUUCUCCCCCAUUUCCAGUUAACACCCCUCUUGGGGCUUGGGGAUGGGUGCGUCGGAAUUAAGGCUAGCAGGCUGUAGGGGACGGGUUUGCAGGCGAGUUAGAUGACGUAGGAAGUCAGGUCCUGUCACCCUUAAAUGGUUGCGAGUUAUGUUUAGGGCUGCUGCAGUGCCAUGGGUAACUGUGCGUCUAGCCAGGACAUGUGCUUGUUAGUUGUGAUAACUGGGUUACUUCGCGCCGUGCGUCCAGGGAGGGCAGGCGAAACAAAACCUGGAGCUCGUCCAACUUACCACCAGGGAAUGUGGAGGGACACCAACGCGGCUGCCCACCUUCCUACUCAUGAUCACCCAAGUAUAAAAACCCCCGCAUAUACUGUGUGUCUUAAAAGCAUGUUAACUGAUAAGCCCAAUAUGGCAUCAUCUCUAAAUGGCCCUGAUACUCAAGCGCUGCUGGAACGCAUCCAGGAGCAUGGGAGUUCUGUAACCGUCAACCUCAACCUGCUGGACUCAGCUGCGACUGCCGACUUGAAGGGACAUAUCACCAGCUGCACUGAGUUCGCUAACGGAGAGGCCGUCCAUUUCUUCGUUUUCACACCUCAUGCUCCAUCGCCGUCGGUGUUGUCAACUUACAAGCUUACUCCAAAGCAACUCGAGCAGUGUCUUGUAUGGAGCGAGAAGUAAAAUGCUGUAGCUGUUCCAAGGAGCACCAUGUGGGGGGCCUGUCCUUGCUGACAUGGCUGUCUGGACCCCCUGUGCUUUUUAGUUCAUUGCUGGUAAAUGAACUUAAGCCACGCCUUGUUUCGGGUUAUUUUUGCAUAGUCAUUGAUUUCUGACGGCGUCAUGACUUGUCGUUAGUUCAUACUGCUCGAACUUGGACACGAAGACUAUGUCACCUAUGUUAUUUGCGUUAACUUGCAAUACGUGAUGCCCAUACGGUGCAUACACGAUCCUGACUCCCCGAGACUUGGUUGCGCCUUUUUCGCUUCCCGCAACGCUGUAACGAGAGAUGCAGAA